CCAGGCUCAAUAUUAACUCCAACCAAUGCUUUCAAAAUAUGUUUUGGGGGCCAUCAGGGAUCCUCAAGAGCUAUUCGGGGCAACUGGUUCACGUACUUCACUUACAUGUUUGAAAUUCUUGUGCUUUUGACACUUAAAUGCUAUUUUAAUAAUCAGCUGAAAGCGAAUCAUUUUUCAGAGGCUCGUCUUCAAACCCACUUUCAGACGCCGCUGUAUUACCAUGAUUUAGUAACAACCACUAGCUUUAAGACACUAUUAAAGACUAGAUUAUUAAAUUAACAUGUGCGUGGCGGGAACUUGAACCCUCCAGCACAUUUGUUUAACUACUUAAUUGGAGAAAUAAUUACUUAUUGCACAGAUUAAAGUAUCUUUAGCACACAAAUGGAUACUUGUUCCUUUGUGGUAAAAAAAAAAAAGAAAAGAAAAAAUCACACACAACAAAAGUCCCAGUGUAUAUAUAUUUCUUUGAUGUUGAAUCUACGUGAUGGUAAAGACACGUUACGUGACAAAGUCUGGGGGCUUUUCCAUCAGCAUGAGAAAGACUCGUGUGAUUACAGCAGCACAAGGACGCUCGAGUGCGAAGAGUUUCCUGCGUUUCCGGGUCCUGUGACUUAUCAGGUGGUUUUCUGCAGCCGCAGCCCAAGGAGGCGGAGGAGGAGGAGGAACUUAAAAAAGAAAAACCCCAACCAUCUCAGCUGCAUCUGGCCCUCAGCUUCCACCCGCUCCUCCCUCCCAGUCCCACGCCGCACCACCAUCUCCCAACAGGAAGCCUACAUGCGCGAGAAAGCAGAAGCGGCCCGGCUGUUAGAGAAGCGUCGUUCGGUGUCAGCAUGGCCGGGGCCUCGGUGUCCGAGUGCAAGGAGUACUUGUUCAAAGUGCUGGUCAUCGGGGAGCUGGGCGUCGGCAAGACCAGCAUCAUCAAGCGCUACGUGCACCAGCUCUUCUCGCAGCACUACAGGGCGACGAUCGGCGUGGACUUUGCCCUCAAAGUCAUCAACUGGGACAGCAAGACGCUGGUCCGGCUGCAGCUGUGGGACAUCGCAGGGCAGGAACGCUUCGGGAACAUGACGCGAGUGUACUACAAGGAGGCCGUGGGGGCAUUCGUGGUGUUCGACGUGACAAGGGGCUCCACGUUUGAGGCGGUGUCCAAGUGGAAGCAUGACCUGGACAGCAAGGUGAAGCUGGCCAACGGCAACCCCAUUCCCUCAGUGCUGCUCGCCAAUAAAUGCGACCAGAAGAAAGAGAGCGCCAACAGCACGGCCCUGAUGGACGACUUCUGCAAGGAGACUGGCUUUCUGGGCUGGUUUGAGACCUCGGCUAAGGACAACAUCAACGUGGACGAGGCGGCACGCUUCCUGGUAGAGAGCAUCCUGGCGAACGACAAAGGGCUGCCAUACGAGGAGAGCAACGGAGAGCGGAUCAAACUGGACCAGGAGGCUGUGGCUGCAGAGAUCAAGUCGGGCUGCUGUUGACACUCGAUCCAUUCAAACCGGCCAUCGGCCAUCGGCCUCCCUCUGGCGGGGUCCGACCCGAGCAACCAGCCCCCCCGUGGCGCUCAGCCCUAUUCUGCAGCGUCUCUGAGGAAUAUGAAUGAUUUGGCCUACGAAGCUAGAGAAUGUUGUCGUCUCUGCACUGAUGCCCAUUCCGCCUGCACGUCCGAGUGUUUUCAUUGUAGUUUAGACCACAGCACCUUUUUAUUAUUUUAUUUUUCUCAUUGCCUUUUUCCUUGAUUGAUUGUGUAAUCCCCCCCCCCUUAACUAAAAACCCAGCACCCCCUGCUUCUCCUACUGAGGCCCAGAACUGUACCGGGACUGAGACGGGGUGCAGAUAAGAAAACCACGGCUUCAUUUCUGUCACUUUGGUCUUUUCUUUCUCGGUAUCCUUUUUAUCUGCGAACCAAGAAACGUUAUGGUUUGUUGCUGAAGUAUUUCUUUAACAGCACACUUGUGUUAUUGAGACUAGGGGGUAAAACAUGAGCAAACGGGCUGUGAAGUUAAGCAUUAAAAUGUUAGCGUAUCUCAUGUUGCUGUCAUGAAUUGUCUUAUUUUCUGAUGUUAUGCGCCAAAAUAGAGCUUAUGUUAAUUAGAGGGGAACACUUGGUUAUUCACUCAAAUAUUUACACGGACGGACAGUAUAGUUUACAAAAGAACUGAUGAUGGCGAAUGAUGGUACUACAUGAGACACUAGUAUGAAUGUGUAGAUCUGAUUUACGGCUCUUCUUUUUUUUUUUAUGUGUUUGGUCAUGCAGUGGUGAGAUAAACAGUAGAAAAGGAAUCAGGCAGAGGAUUACACUCUCUUGUACAUUAGUAUUCAAAUUAAAUAUGAAGGAUUUUUAAAAUGUUGAGUUUAGAAUAAGUUAAAUACAUUGAAUACACAACACCGAAAUAGAAUAAAUGUUUUAACAGAUUUUUGCUGUCUCUGUUGAAAUAAAUUUAUAUAAUUCAUGUAAAUGUCUUCAUGUACUGUUUGUGUUUGUAUAUCUAUAUCUACACAAAAUGUAUAUGGUAUCAAUACACCGGGACAAUGUGUUGCUGUUGCAAAACAUGCUUUAUAAUUCAUUCAAUCAUAGAACUUUUUGAGCGUCAAACUUGAAUUGAAAUAAAUCAGAAUGGUUUUUGGUCUGAA